AUGAUCAUUACACUGAAAUUAUUUCUUCUAUUUGUUCUCGAAAUAAACUCAGGUAAAAAUGUUUGAAAAAGUAUAUAUGUACCUCAAUUUUUCAGGAGUUAUCACAACUUCUUCGCCAUUUAACGCGUCUGAAGAGUUGAACAAAAUCAAAAAAACGUGUUUGACUGAUGAAGAACAUUACGAAAUAUCGGGAAAUAAAUUUGAGCAAGGUUGGGCUCGAGAACUCAAUCGUGUUACAAUUGAGCAAGCUCUAUUCAUAAUAGGAUGCUCAGAAAUUCGGAAAGCUCUCGGAUUUCCAAAGUAUUUAGGAUCAUGGCAAAAUCAUGGAAUGCCAAAAAUUGAAGAAAUUGAGGAUGCGCCGAGUUUAGAAAAAUAUUUUGAACUACAAAUAUUGUAUAGUAUAAGCAGGAGCGCUGAACUUUUUUUCGUUACCGAUCAAGAUUUGUCAACGGCAAUUCAAUUUUUGGACAAGAGAUUUCCUGCAAUUCGUAUGGUAUUUAGAGAGAAAUUUGAAAAGUACCUGGAGACCAUGAAGGCCAAUAACAAGAGUAUCAAUCGAAACACAAUUGAUUAUUUGCUUAUAGAAAAUGAGAUGAUACAGAGAAUGGUGAAAGACGCAACUGGUGUGAUGUUUUACAGUAGGAAAUGUACAAAAUACUCCAUUCCAGAUACAUCGUUUUUAUACUUGAAAACAGUCAAGGAAUGCUUGCAAAGAAAAACAUGUUCUUGCUAA